CCUCUUUCUUCUUGUUUUGUCAGUCCAUGCAUAUAUUUCCUCUUCCACUUGCCAUUAUACGUUAGAAGUGAUAACAAAAGAAAGAUAAAAAGAGAAGCCUAAUUUGUCUUAAAACAGAAAUGGGAAAAGAAUGGCACAAGGGAGGAAGAUCCAUUGGUUCCUCUAAAAGCAAGGAAAAAUCCAAUGAAACUAGUGGCUGCAUCACUGCUCUUUACCACUUUUUUCAUUCCCACCAUUUUUACUUUCCUUCACGUCAUCAUCACCACCAACCUAGUAUUGAUUCUCCUUCCAGAAAUCCUAAAGGAUUGGUGGCGCCACGAAACAGCUUGGACUUAACAGAGGAGUCUCCAUUAUCAACAAACUACAAGCUUGAAAAAGAAGUCUUGAACAUUCAUGUGAGCGGGAAGAAGUCAACACUUAGAGCACUUCUCAUUGACAAAUCCUCUAGUAACUGCAUCUCACCUCAAACCAAGACACCAGGUCCAAACGUGGUGGCUAGACUCAUGGGUCUUGAUCUUCUUCCGGAUAACUUCAACCAUAAUAGUUCACCAAGGGUUGGAGUAAGAGGACAUAGACUCUCCAGGAAUGGCUCAGGGACAAGAUCAUUACCUGUUAGCCCUAGGAUCUCCUCUGAUUCUGACAAUCGUCGCCUCUCUCUUCAGCUAAACAGAGAGGAUAAUAAGCAUGAUGAAGAGUUUGCACGUAAGAGGUUGAAAGCGUUGAAACAAGAUGCAGGAAGUCCAAGUCCCAGACGUAGUAGGAAGCAGAUAAAACAGAGUACACCCACGAUCAGAAAUUUUGGUAUGGAUAUAACAAACUUACUUGAGAACACAAGGGCAGGAGCAACACAAAACAAGAUUGAGCAUAGCAGGUUGUCACAGAAAGAGAACACAACAAGCACUAAGCCCACAUUAGUGAUAAGACAAGACCACAUCUCUCAGAAACGAGCAACAAAGGUGACCCUCAAGAAGAACUUGAAAGGAGUAAAAGAAUCAAAACUAUCUCCUCAUCCAACACCCAAAACUCGAAAGGCCUUCAAGACUGUAUCAACACACGUAGCAUCAUCAGCUUUCUCUGCCACAGAACGUCCUCGGAAACAGAUGCGUAGAGCUGAAGAACCAGAGCGGAAUGCAGAUGCGAAUAUAUGCUCUGUUCAGAUGUACAAAUACGAGAAGAAGCUCUCUCAAGAACCGCCAAGAUCCAAUUUUUACGAUUCUGCCACCUUAACCAACCCAGGAGGAACCGUUGCGGAGAUGAAGAAACUUAAAGAGGAAGAGGAAAGGGUCGUCGCAGAGAUUGAGAGGCAUAUCGUAGACGCCCUCGUGCAUGAAACGAUGUCGUUUCUCGGUUUAAACGCAAACGUUAUUAGAUGUGUGGAACGCCGUCAGGACUUGGCGGCUAUUCUAAAACAGCGUCUGCGUUUUAACCCUAACAAUGUGCGUUUUACGUCUCGCUAA